AGCUGGUUGCUGGGGUGAUGAGAGAGGAAAGGAAGGAGCCGAACGCGGAAGUGGUGGCGGCGCCUGGGGAGCAGGCGGAGGCGGUGACUGCCAAGUCUGAGACAGGAACCUUGCGUUGAGGGGAGGGGAAGGCGGGGGUUGGCAGAAGGGCAUCCGCCUUCUAGGACCGACACGCGGUGCGGGAGCAGCCGGGCCUCCUUGUCUCCGCUUCCACGAGCGCCCCGAGUGAUGGCGACGGUGAUGGCGGCAGUUUCUCCGACAGCCUGGAUGAAGCUGCGCUCCGGGAGAUACAUCCAGAAAGUGCCCAGAAGCUUCCUGUCAGAAAAAUUGAAAAAACAGUAUUUAUAACAUUGCUGGAAUUUGUGGACGAUUUGUUUAAGAUGGCAGAAAGCAAUGAAAAUAGUAAUAAAAAUGUAGAUGUGAGGCCCAAAACCAGCCGGAGCAGAAGCGCAGACCGGAAGGACGGCUACGUGUGGAGCGGCAAGAAGCUGUCCUGGUCCAGGAAGGGCGAGAGCUGCUCCGAUGGGGCACCAGAAGGGACCGGGACCAGCACCGGGGCUGCGACGGGGACAGGGACCGAGCGGCCGCUGCGGGACAGGAAGCACAGCUGCUCCUCCCUGGAGCUGGACCUGGACCACUCCUGCGGGCACCGCUUCCUCGGCCGGUCUCUGAAGCAGAAGCUGCAGGACGCCGUGGGCCAGUGCUUUCCCAUCAAAAACUGCAGCAGCCGCCACUCACCUGGGCUUCCGGCCAGAAGGAAAAUCCACAUCAGCGAGCUCAUGCUGGACAAGUGCCCCUUCCCGCCGCGGUCGGACCUGGCCUUCAGGUGGCACUUCAUCAAGCAGCACACCGCACCCCUGAGCCCCAAGCUGGACGAGUGGGGAGGCGCAGACCACGCGGCGCGCGAGCCUGGAGACAGGCUGCCGCAGCCCACCAGGGCCAUGGCUGAGGCUGCCCGCGGCUGCCCGCAGCCCGGUGUCCCAAACCUCUGCGCCACACCCGGCUCCAUGAGCAACCUGGCGUCCAGCAACAGCGUAGAGGACAGCGACAUGGACUCCGACGAGGACAUGGUCACGCUUUGCACGAGCUCCAGGAAGAGGAACAAGCCGAAGUGGGACGCAGACGAGGAGCUGCUGCAGCUGGAGUCACCCCCGAAGUACCACACCCAGGUGGACUAUGUGCACUGCCUGGUGCCCGACUUGCUGCGCAUCAACAACAACCCCUGCUACUGGGGCGUCAUGGACAAGUAUGCAGCUGAGGCCUUGCUGGAGGGCAAGCCCGAGGGCACCUUCCUGCUGCGGGACUCGGCGCAGGAGGACUACCUGUUCUCCGUCAGCUUCCGGCGCUACAGCCGCUCGCUGCACGCCAGGAUCGAGCAGUGGAACCAUAACUUCAGCUUCGAUGCGCACGACCCCUGCGUCUUCCACUCCCCCGACAUCACCGGGCUGCUGGAGCACUACAAGGACCCCAGCGCCUGUAUGUUCUUCGAGCCCCUCCUGUCCACGCCCCUCAUUCGGACUUUCCCCUUCUCCCUGCAGCACAUCUGCAGGACAGUCAUCUGCAACUGCACAACCUACGACGGCAUCGACGCGCUCCCCAUCCCUGCGCCUAUGAAGCUGUACCUGAAGGAGUAUCACUACAAGUCCAAGGUCAGAGUCCUCCGCCUGGACGCGCCAGAGCAGUGUUAGGGCAGGGCCAGGAUGACUGCUGGCCUCGGUCUCAUUCAGUGUUGUAUUUUUACUCUGCCUCUUUCUACAAAGGCAAUGGGGUAGGAAAGAAACCUCUGCCCUACAUUUCCAAGUCAGUUUAUUUUUCUUCUACUAAUUAUGUAAUGUUAUAGCCAAGAGGUUAGUAGAUACUUUUAACCAGAUGUUUGGUUUUUGUUUUUGCAAUGUAGUUGUAUACUUAAACUUUUUUCUUUACCUAAUUUAUGUAUGGUCUGGGCAUAUUUGAAAUUUGAUAGGCAUUGCAGAUAUAUUUGAAUAUCCUUAUAUUACCGUUUUAAAAUAGUUAUAUUUUUUGUUACAUGUAAAGUAUUUCAUUAAUCUAUAACCAUCAGUAUUCCUAGACAUAAAAUAGUCUUUUCCCAGCCCCUUUCAUUGAGUUUUGAAAUUCUUUAGUCAAGUGUUAAAAUUCAUCCAUAAUAAUGUAAUUCAGUUUUUUAACUUGCUAGCAGGGAUGUUAAAAGUAACAAAAUGAUUUCAAGUCAACUUUUUUGUAGGAUGUUUUCUUUCCUUUUGUUUUGUUUUGUUUAGACAGGGUCUCCCUAUGUAGGUCAGGCUGGCCUUGAACUCAUAGCAAUCUCCUGCCCCAGCCUCCUGAGUGCUAGGAUUACACAUCCCUGCCAAGAUCACUAAAUUUUUGAUAAUCUGGCCAAUGAGAAUAUGACUUUCUGGAAAUGCAUUUAUCCCACUGUGCAGGGUCUUUUAUUACAUAGCUCAGUACUUGCCUCUCAGCCUUUAAGCCAUCUUUAAAACAUAAAUUUUAUUUCUUUCUCACCAAGAACUUUAAUGGUAACACUAUUAGUAGCUAGUAGUUGCUACAGCAGCUGGGUUUUCUGUAUUAAUCUAUGAACUAUUGCUCUUGUAUUAGGCCUUUUAUACAAACCCAGAGCCUGCGCAAACUGCAGUUGAUAAAUAGACACAAAUUUUUACUGAUAACCAAAGAGGACCUAACUAGUGUUUAAUUAUUUUAGGUUUGAUUUGAAUAAAGGUUCAAGAAAUAAACAUGGAGCUCACUAUUGAGAAAGCUUAAUAUUUUUUCAAACAUUUUUUCCUGUUUUCAGAAUUAAUGUAUGUCUUUAAUGUGGCUUCAAAAUAGAAGAGCAUUUUGACAGCCACAUGGCUUAUGUCAUACCCAACAGUAGGACAGAAGUAAUAAUAUUUCGUAGAACAGGGCAGCACUCAGAAACGUCAUUGGUCUCUGAUAAGUAGACCCUGUCUCUUCUAAAAGAGUCAAUGACUAGUGUAAACAGAUUGCCUGAGCUUUCUCCCGGUAAGCUGUCUGCCCCUUUGUACAAGUUGGCAUUUUUAACUCAGUUAUUUCUUUAUGAUGGUGUAGCUAGAUUAGGAAACUUUCUUCCACCUGGGUUGGAAGAACUUGACUCAACCUUUGCAAGUUAGGACAAAUGCUGUUUAUCUGUGUUGAAACAGCAUUUCCCUGACCUGUAAUUCUGCCGAAGUUUGCAGCAGUCACAAAAUGAAACCAGAAAGUCUUCAUCACCAUUAUCCUGUAGCCUUUGUGUUCUCAGUGGUCUCUGGGCGAGCAUGGGCUCAGCCUCCAAGGGGAGCAGUGCCCAAAGCGGCACCUGUUCUUAUGGUGAGGGGCUCAGCACAUUGCGACACCAAUGCCAGGGUGGGUGUCACUUCUACGGGUGACACAGACCUUCCCCACAGGCAGAAAAGUCUCACUACCUCAUCUUACUAUGGCGCUUUUGUCGAUCACUGAGAAUCUUCUCUUAUUAACCAGUAUCAAGCUUCCUAAAUAUCCAUCUUUGGUGAAAGACAAUUAAUAGUGUGGUAAGACUCUACCCAAAAUUAUAGUUUUUUUUAUCAGAAUUUGAUAAGACUUUCUGUUUCCGUGAAACAAUUAUUUUAAACACUUUUCUUUAAAAAAAUAACUUUUUAUCAGUACAGAAAAACCUAGGGGAUGACUAGCUUAUGAAAAUUGUGUUAAAGGAUAGUUUUUUAAAAGAAAAUGAAAUAUAAUUAUGUUGUCUUUUAUAGUGGUAAAAUGUUUAUAUGAACAUUUAUCUUUUCAUAUAAUUCAAACUGAUUGCUUGUGAUAUAUUUUCUCUUUUUAAUUUUUUUCAAUUCAAGUUAUUAACAACUGUUAACAUUUUUAAAAUACUGCCAGAUGCAGUAUUUUAAUGAGAAUGGGGAAGACUCAUUUACUCUGGAAUGGUUUGUAUUUUUCCUUUGGUACUUGCUAAGAAAUUUGGAAAGUAGAAAUAUAAAGACCUGAGAAGGGAGUAACUUAUCCUGAAGGAAAGGGAGGAGUUAGUUUUUAAUCAGCAUUUAAGGAUCAGAAUUUAGAAAGGCUACAUACCCCCUUUCUGGUUUUGUGUGUGAGUAUAGCAUUUGCAAGACAUGGGUCUUUAAAACCUAGCUUAUAAGAAAUGCUUAAAAUAUAUUUCUUGUACUAUAUAAUGAAAGUGAGGAAGUUUCAAGAAGAAAAAUGUGAUAAAUGUGUUUGAAAAGCAGCAUUCCAGAGCUGAGCGGGCACUGAGCUCUCUGGAAAUGUGUAGCGCCUCUGAUGAGAUGGGCUGGUGCUACACAGCCAGAUAAAAUCCUCAGCUCCACCGAAGCGGCUCCAAGUGGGGAGCCUUGGAGCUGCUGUCUGGCUGACCGAGUCUGGCCCACACACCCAGCUCCCCCUGUGGCACAUCAGGAAAGAAGCUGGGCUUCACUAGUUUUUCUAAAGCUUUUCAAGACGUACCCCAUCCCCCCUAUUCUAAUUCAAAAAACACUUGUGGUUCAAACUGUAAUUCCUGAAAUUGCUGAACUAGAUUUUCUUUUAGAUUCCCUGAACGUUUUAUAUUGAGUCAUGUGUUCUUUCUAUAACUGUGCCAUUCACCUAAAUAAUUCAUAAAAAGAAUGGUUUAAUUUAAAGGAAGACCUAAUAGGAAGAUGAAAGGAAGCUUUUAGUCAGCCUGAGGCUAGAUUUAUUGAUUUGGUGAUCAGACCUAGGUACUUUCCUGAAUUUCCGCUAAUGGCCAACUGUGGUCAAAGAAUGGCUUUUCAGUGAAAGUUCUGAUUUCUUGUUAUAAAUUAUAUAAAGAGUGUUGUAGUAAUUAGGACUCCUUUAAAAAGUAAAACAAAUGUGGCAAAUAGGACUUACAUCAUUGUACAAAUUACAUUUCUUUUUAGAAGAAAAACACAUAAACCUUUAUCAUUUAUUCAUGAGCCAAAGCUAUUAAGAUAAAUCAGGUUAUCAACUUCCUGUCUCUGAAGUUUGGACCAUUUUAUAGAUCCAUGUAAUGGAGCACUUCCUUCCUAUGAAACACAAACCUUGACAUCUAACUCUUACACUUUUUAAUUUAAAGUAUUCCUUGUCAUUUUAGCUAGAACCAGAAUCCAGUGAGUAGCUUAUAUGCUGAUCUGGGUGGAACAGCUUUCACAGGAAGGCACACAUAACUCCAGUGAUCACUCAGUGUUUCAAUGUAAAAUAGCCUGUGUAAGGUUAGAUAAUUUAAUGCUCAAGUGAAUAAUAAAAGAUUUUAGGGCGAGGAGUCCUUAUGUUUCUACUUUGGGAAGAAAUGUUUUUGUUUUACACUUGGUCUUAGCCAAAAGGCAGAGAAAUGGAUGCUAAUUUUGUUUUAACAUAAGCAGUUUCCAUUUUUAUUUCUAAAGAAUGAACAGAAAGCACAAAGGACUUUUCUUAAUGGUCUACUACCAAGUCUGUCUAUAGGAUUCUAAUAUAUUAAGAUAGGGAACACAAACUGGCCUGUAGGUACAAAGACAGAUGAAUGAUUAUAAUCUAAGAGAAUGGAGUUUAGGAUACAUGAAAUCUGUCUCAAGACUAAAGCAUAUUUAUAAUUUACUUUUGAAUUUUAAAUAUUAAUCCUAAAUCUUCCUUUACCCUCAAACUAUAAAAAUACAGUUUUAAUACCUGUCGCUUGACUUCGGCAGGUUCAUUCUUCAUGAAGGAAUGACCCUUGGAACAUACUUGAAAAUAAUUGCUGUACAACCAGUACAAGCAACUUAGUACUUGCUGUCAAGUACUAAGCCACAGUUUUCAGACUUGCCCGUUAGACUAGGCUGCUUGCUAGAUCUGACAGUGGACAUAACAGCACAGUUUCAGUCUGGCCUAGAUUCUGCAGUUAGUUGAGCAUUUGUGAUUGUCUUCUGCCCUUUAUAAGACCCGUGGAAAACUGAUAUUUGCCUAACCUAUUUUAAAAGUUGAUUGCAUUUGCAGGAAAUGAAGAGAAUCCGUUUGCCAUGUUUAUAAUCAAAUCUAAGCUUUCAGACUUGAGAGCCAUGGUGUAAAACUCAAGGAAGUUUACUCAAGUUACUUUGCUAGAAUCGGAUAAAUUUUCCAUAAGCCAAGUAUAAACAACAUAUACUUGAAUAUACAGAGUUUAAGUAGCAAAUUUGAACAGCGUUUAUUUUUGUCAGACUAGUGUGAUCUACCCCUUCCCAAAAGUAGUAGCUGAUUUCCUCUCUUAUUUCUUCAUGGAUGUAAGUUUAAAUAAUUUGAAUAAAUUUUCACUUAAUUAAAUCUUCAUGUAUGAAAUCCAAA